AUGUCUGCUUCUUUACGGCGUCUGAUGUCGCGGGAGCUCCGCGGAGACGUGGCGCGCGGUGGCCUACUUGGUUCGCAUCCUACGUCACCCCCAGGGGCUCGGACAUAAUCGCGCUUCGCGAUGGGCGGCUUGGGUUGGAGAGGCGCCCUCCUCCAGGCGGCGGCGCGAGGGCGCGAAGAUGACCGGGCGUCGCGCUCGCGGGGCGCGAUGCGCGAAGUCAGGUGUCCAUGCCUGCACCGUUGGCUCCCAGGACGAGUGCUGCUACGGCGAUGCCCACAGCGACGCCUGCAUCCUUCAAUGCGUCCACAGCGAUGCGCGAAGUCAGGUGACGCGGACAGUUUGCUACGUCACUAUGUUGUGGCACCUUGGCGACUCUUGGGUGAUGGUAGGUUGGCUGGUGCACAUGCGGCGGCUGAUGCUGGAGACCAGGAGGCCUCUGGGGCGGGGUAACACGCCUGGCGCGGAUGGCCUGAGUAAGUAUCCAAUCCAGCCUGCCGAUGUCCGCGGACCUGCAUGUGCUGGCAACACGAACGCGGUGUGAGUUUCAGGGUGCGGGUGGAGAAGGAGCAUGAUCAUGAUUACGAUGAGAGCGGUGUUGACGUAAGGGCCCGCAGGAGGAGGUUUAAUUUUUUAGCUGUUUUUGGGGUCUCCCAUGUGUUCUGACUCCGGCUAGGCUUUGCGUGGCCGGAUUCUUCCACACCUUUAAGUACUUUCUCGGCCUCCGGCCGAGGGCGGCAAGGCAUCGUGAAGCCUGUCAGCCACAUCAUCCUCUACCCGCAGGAGGAGGGUGAUCGCCGGGCUGGGGCCGGGGCCGGGGCCGGGUCCGGGCCAGGUCGGGUCGGGGGCCGGGCCCGGGGCCGGGCCGGAGCCGGGCCGUGGCCGUGGCCGGGCCGGGG